AUGUCCUGGGAACAAAAAGAAACAAAAGCCUGGGUGCCAAGAGGAGAUGCCUCUUCCUCCAGCUCCCUGUGGACGGGGCCUACCAUCGUGCCCACUGCUAAAAGAGUAGAAGAGAAGAUGGAUUUGGAGCUGAAGGCCAGAAAUCCAGCUAACACUGUGCUUGCCGAGCUCCGCAUCCUCUGGGCUGUAUCUGCCGAGGAGAGCCUUUUCCUGACUGGGCAGCAGCAUUUUGGGAAGCACCAGAGGAGAAAAUCCAGAUCCCUGCACCACGGAUCUGGACUGAAGGAUGACGAGGGUGCCAAGGCAGGUCCUGCUCUCUGCAGGGCUAUGGAGAGGAAGACCCCAGGGUGCUCUGAGGCCCCAGAGAAGCUGACCCUGUCCUUCUCCAUCGAAGCAAUCCUAAGGAGGCCCACUGAGAGGAGUGAUAGAGUCAGGCUGCAGGGAGCCGAUGGAGAGGGCACUGUUCAAGCAACAGCGAUCAGCUCCAGGCUGGAGAGGCCCUCACAGGACCAGCCCCAGGAAGAGAGGAAGAGCAGGCGGAGGGUCCGGACCACCUUCACCACAGAACAGCUGCAUGAGCUGGAAAAGAUCUUCCACUUCACCCACUACCCGGACAUCCACACCCGCAACCAGCUGGCAGCCAGGAUCAACCUCCCAGAAGCUCGGGUACAGAUCUGGUUCCAGAACCAGCGAGCGAAGUGGCGGAAGCAAGAGAAGAUUGGCAGCCUUGGUAGUGCCCCACAGCGGCUGAGUGAGGCCACCUUGGCACUGCCCACAAGAUUAGACAUGGCUGGCCCAGCACCAAUGCCCACCACUCUGCAUAGGCUGCCUCCUUCCACAGGGUUGUAUCCAUCCUUGCAAGGUCAGCUGGCACCUUCCUGGUUCCCUGCCUGGCUCUCCCUGCUCCACCAGCACCCCUUGGAGAUGCAGCCACCCCCAGGCCCUCUCAUCCAGCAGACCUGUGUGCCUGGCCUCUGCUUCGUUUCUCCUCCACACCCCAAAUGGAGCAGCAUCUGUGCCACUUCAACAUAG